AUGUUCGGCUGCGCGAUGAUGAGCUUGAGCAGCGGCAGCGUUCUCGGAGCUGCCCUGAGCCUUGCCGUCACCACCAUGGGUGCCGGCAUCCUCACACUGCCUUCCGCCUACGCAGAUGCGGGCAUCAUCCCUGCAACUCUUAUCCUCGUCGGUGUCGGCAUUCUCACAGUGUUCUCGAUAGACUACAUCAUCCUAGGUGUAGACAAGCUAUGUCGUAACUCGUACGAGGAGCUCACACGUGAGUUGCUUGGCAAGAAGGCGGAAGAAGUGGUACGAUGGAUGCUAAUCAUUUAUAACACAGGAUCUGCUAUUGGAUACCUCGUCGUCUUGGAAGACCUUGUAGCACCGAUGCAGCCUCUCGUCACCAGGUACCUGCCCGCGCUCACCACGCCGAAGCACUCACUGCUCUCCUUCUGGGCCGUUUUCAUCCUGCCCCUCUCCUGCGUUCCCACGCUGGGGGCCUUGCACAUCUCCUCCUUCCUCGCCAUCUCAUCGACGAGUUUCAUCUGCAUCAUGAUCAUGUUCCGCUACUUCGUGCCGGGCCCCACGGAGCUAUCCGCCAUGACGACAGAUGCCAUCGCCAACGGCACAGCAUCUGCCAACUGGUGGUGGGGUAAGUACCCCUUGCUGGCUCUGCCGAUCAUCAUGUUCUCGUUCGACUGCCAGUCCCUCGUAUUUCAGAUAUACGCUGGCCUGGACGACAUGCGGCGAAGCGUCAUGAUUAAGGUGGCCAUCAUCAGCCUCAUCGUCACUGGCGUCAUCCACGCUGCUGUCGGUCUCUUUGGCUACCUCUCGAACCCGGUGGACGUGCGCGAGAACAUCAUCAGCAACUACGACCCCAACGUCGACCGCCUCUUUCAGAUUGGCUACCUUCUGUACACUGCGCCGAUGAUUUUAGCAUUUGUUUUGAUGAUGUUCCCUAUUCGCGACUCGAUCUUCAUUUUGUGGUAUGGCUACAGCUCUGCGUCGAUGGCGACACACGUGCCGCGUAGCAAGGACUUCACGCGACUUGUACGCCAAGAAGAAGCACUGGAACUGAUCGUGAAUGCGGAAAGUGGGCAUCAGCACAACCACUGUAACGGUUUCGGUAGCAAACACAGCUACGGCAGCGUCAAGGAGGAACUGCAGCAGGUUAUCGAAGUGAAGAAGCACCACAACAAUAUUGAGCGGAUUCCGCUGCGAGAUCAUCUCAUAAUUAGCGUCACACUGAGCACUCUGUGCGUGGCGGUGGCCCUCCUGGUUCCUGGGAUCGUGUCGGUGGUCUCGUUACUUGGAGGUCUGUGUUCCUCCACGCUGUGCUUUAUCGUGCCUGGUCUGUACCGCUGGCAGCUGCACAACAAGAACAUUGCUCGCUGUCAGACGUUUUGGGAGAUAGCGCUCAUGGUGUUGAUGGUAGUCUUUGGCGGCGUUGCCGCCAUCUUAGGCACCGCUGUGUGGGUCGAGGGCGUCCUACUCAGCAUGUAA